GUCUGCCGCAACGUUUCGGUUUGCGUUACACCGCCUGCGUUAUCAACGCCAUCCGAACUCGGCUCUCUUGUCGCCACCGCAUACCAAAAUCCUGAUUCUAAUCCUAAACCCUAGCGAGAAACAUCGAGCUCCAGGCGUAAGAAAGCGGAGAAAGAAUGCGUCCACGGCAGGCGGAAAGAUCCAGAACAAGGAUGGUGGCGGAGGUCGUCACGUCCGUUGUGGAUCUCGAGCUCGGCACCCACAUGGUCCUCUGGCUCAAUCGAUGAGUCCAUCCCGCACACCAUUCCCCUCAAGGUGCUUUCUUUCUGUAGGUUGUUUGCCCCAACCUUUUGGCAAAGAUUAGGAUCUGUGGGUGAAUUUGGUCUGGGUUGUUCAAUUGCGUCGAGGUUUUGUUAUUACUGUGUUCUCCCAAUUUAUUUCGUUGAUUCUGAUAUCUUCUCAACUUGGAGAAGAAAGCUUCUUGGAAUUUGAGCUGUGUGUGGUUAAAAUUCCAUUUAUUGAGUUUCAAGUCAUGGUUUUCAUGUAACUGAGCUUCUCAAUUUGGAAUUCGUAGGUUCUUGGUACUCCAGCUAUUUUCCAUCUUUCGAGUUGAAGUCAUGGUUUUUACGUAACCAAGACUUUGUUUUAGGAAAUUAAACGGAUCUUUUUUUUUCGACGCUCAAAAUGAUACAAACAACUCAGACCCCGAAGUCUCAAACUAAAACAAGAACAAAAAACUUUUUUUUUUGAGACACUUCUAAACCGAAUUAAGAAGCCAUGGGUUGUAGGAAUCUACUUGGUAUUCAGGGGUGAGAGGUUUGCUCUUGUUAGAAUGUUUAGAUGGGUGUUGUGAUUUAAGGUUUGUGUAUGUAAACUUUAGUGCCUUGGGAUUGAUUUUGAGGAUCUUUCAAAUAGAAAUAGUCAAGUUACCUGGGUUUAAUAAAAAACAAUAUAUGACUGUUCUUGGUCAUGAUAUAAAAGGUCCUGAUAUUCUGGACCAAGUCUAGUCUAGCGAUGUAUAAUUUUUCUUGAUAUGGAUCUAGCCCAAACCAGACCCAACCCAUGAACAGGUCUUUACUCAGUGAAAUCUGUGGUUUCUUACUGUGCCACCUUUUUUAACCUCAGGUACCCCUCUAUCUAGUGUGUAUUCCCAGAUCUUCGAUAUAAUGAUAGUGUUAGAUGCACUUGUUUACGUUGAGGGGCAUGUUCGGAAAAUGCAUGAAUUACAUGCUUUCCUAAAUGAUCCUUGGUAGAGAAUUGCUGUUGUACAUCUGGAACAGUCCAUUGAUCAUGUUCAAGUGAGAAGAAGUAUCUGCAUGAACUUCAAUUGGAUCAAUAAGUAUGGAGACUUGGAUUGUGGCAAGUACUUGUAACAUGAUCCAACUGUCAUCAGUUAUACUCUAGAUCAUGAAGAAAAUAAUUGUCAGUUGUAUUUAUCUUAGUUGUCUUUGAAUUGACUGUUGUCCGGGCCAUGUGUGGGUAAUGGUUCUAGUGUUCUAUCAAUCAUCACAAAAGAUUUGAUAGGUAUGCAGCUACUAUAUGUACCUUCACAUUCUAUUGCAAUCUUAUUUUGGGAGUGUCUUCUAUAUAGGCUGACUGUGUAGCUUUGUAUGUGCCGUCUCGAUGAGCCUUCAUAAUUGAAAGUUUGGUCAAGUAAGCUCGUCUUUUUUUGCAGAAACUAUAGGUAUUUCUUGCCAACCUCUUUAGAAGCUCUUUUCUCUGUUCAAACCAACUGUUUGAUUUCUGAUUCUCAGUAUACGACAGUAGCUGCUAUGACCAUUAUGAUGGAAUCAGUCAAAUCUGUAGCAUAGUGAAGAACCUCUUGAAGAUUCCUAGAGGAGAAAGAGAUGUAAGAUAUAUUCAACCACUACUAUAUAAAGAAUCAUGGUUGAUACAGCUGUGGAUUGUGUAACAAGAUGAGUGGUUGAAUCUUAACAAAGUGGUUCAUAAAUAUGAAGAUGUGGAAAUAUUACUUGUGGACUGUCGAUGUACGCCAUCAUUUACUGAGAUGCAGAUCCAUCGUGGAGGCAUACUGAGAUGCAGAUACUGUCACAUAAUCAACGCACAAUUAGUGUGAACUCAAUUAGAAAAAAAGAAUGUCUAUUAUACCAAGAAUUUCAGUUGGACCGAGUUUCAUGUAUUUGAUCUAAUUAUUGAAUAAAUGACUAAUGUUGCAGUUUUUAAGAGAUGCAGUGAAAAGGAGAACAGUGGAGGAGCUAGACCCUUGGCUUGGAAUUGCAAUUACUUCUGACCAUGGGCUCUGAGGUAUAUUGAAAUAGCUGCCCUAACAAGCAUCACCUUUGUCUACUGCUGCAACUGGGGUCAUUGAUGAAAUUGUGGAGCAAGACAUAGUUGAAUGUAUGUGGUGCCAUACUGAGGAACUGGAUCCACGAUGCCAUUAAGAAACACAGUGCAGGUUGUCAUUGUUGCAGAGAUGGUCAGUGGCUCUUCGUCUUUGCUGAUCUGCACUGCACCCCCCCCCCCCCCCCCCCCCCCCCAGAAUGAUACACUCAAGGCAACGCGGUCAUUUGUGUUGAAACCAGGAUGCCGACUGCCGGCCCCUUCGAUUCAACAGCUGACCCGCCAGUUGCAGACCUUAACCUGCACGUGAGUGCACAAUGAGCGUCGCCAUCUGGGUAAUGACGGGACGAUGAAACAUUACCUAAUCUUCUGUCCUCAUACUGUGUGUUGUCCGUAGUCACAAUCAUGCAGCAGCUGCCUCAUGGUUGGAUCAUGAGGAGCUGUAUCGAAGCAGGACAUGAUCGCACGACAGAUGCAGGCGAUCGCCUCCACCGCUGAAGUGACUGCUGUGUCCACGCAGAUGCAGCAUCUCGUACCGUGCCCUCCUGCACAUGUAAUUCCAGUUGCAAGCACUAAACGUAAAUAUUAUCACCAAGUACAAGAACCCCACCAUCAUUGAAAUCGAAAGCUCACGGUCAUGGUGGAGUACACUCUGUACACUUCUGCUAUAGUGGUUCACUGCCACUAACCGGGGGUAAAGGUGUGUCCAUGUGGCCUAAACGUAAAUAUUAUCACCAUGUCUGCCAUGUCGGCCAACUUAAUGGCAUCGACAUCAAACCAAGGUGUCCGGUAAACGAUUUGGAAUCAUCUUAGGGCCCCAUCUCGACACUACCUCGGCCAUGCAAAUCAUCGUACGGAUUCAACGUCACCAUUACCACAAGGAACUGAUCGUGGCAAUCAUCCUUGCCUCGGUUGCGGUGGUAGCGAUCGUAUCGUCAACAGUUUGUGCCUGGAUUUUUUGGCAAAGGAGCCGCAAAACUCUUAAUUCAGACGACAUUGAAAGCUCAGAUGCUGGUAGAGGGACACCAUUUGGACCAAUUUUGGGCAAGUUCAAUUCCUCGAAGGUGUCAAAGAAAGAACUGAUGAGUGUGAUUGACUAUGAAUCGUUAGAGUUGGCAACAAACAAAUUCAGCGAGAGUAAUAUCUUGGGGGAAGGUGGAUUCAGUUUUGUUUAUAAAGCUUGCUUCGAUGGUGAAGUCUUUGCUGCAGUGAAGAGAUUAUCUGGCGGGGGACAGGACUGCGAAAGAGAAUUCGAGAAUGAGCUGGAUUUGCUUAGAAGAAUUUGUCAUCCGAACAUAGUAUCUCUUCUUGGUUAUUGUGUGCAUGAGGAUGCUCGGUUUCUUGUAUAUGAAUUGAUGCAAAAAGGAUCUCUGGAAGCACAACUUCAUGGACCAACUCAUGGAUCAGCUUUAACAUGGCAUAUGAGAGUAAAAAUUGCCCUUGAUAUAGCAAGAGGAUUAGAAUAUCUUCAUGAGCACUGCAACCCUCCAGUGAUUCAUAGGGAUCUUAAGUGCUCCAAUAUUCUUCUGGAUUCAGACUUCAAUGCAAAGAUUUCAGAUUUUGGCCUUGCGGUGACUGUCGGGAACCAUAACAAAGGUGGCAUAAAGCUUUCAGGCACUGUCGGCUAUGUAGCUCCAGAGUAUCUAUUGGAUGGUAAGCUCACCGAGAAGAGUGAUGUUUAUGCAUUUGGAGUUGUUUUGCUGGAGCUUCUGAUGGGUAGAAAGCCGGUUGAGAAAACUGCACCAUCGCAAUGCCAAUCACUUGUCACGUGGGCUAUGCCUCAGCUCACUGACAGAUCAAGGCUUCCGAAUAUAGUUGAUCCAGUGAUCAGGAACAAAAUGGAUCUGAAACACCUAUAUCAAGUUGCCGCUGUAGCUGUACUGUGUGUGCAGCGAGAACCAAGUUACAGGCCACUGAUAACUGAUGUGCUUCACUCUCUCAUUCCUCUCGUUCCUACUGAACUCGGGGGUACGUUGAGAGUCACCGAGCCAUUAUCAUGUGUGAAUCAAAAAUCUUCUGCUCACUAAUCACACAAAGUAUGACAAUCACCUUAGCAAGCUUGUUAGUAGCACCGAAGGCUACACUUUUCUCUUGUUGAUGCCCUUAUAUUUUUUUCUGUUCACUUGCAUAAGCGAGCAUCGUGUAUAACUUUUAAAUGAAUUUAGUCACUGGUAGAAUUGAGAUGAAA